AGAAAUGAAUGUUUUGCUUUACUGGCAUCUGGCAGCAGCGGACGCUCUUCAAGUUUAAAAUAGCGUCGCUAAUCUACCAGUAAGCUUCAUUUCCUGAUGAAGCUCCAUUGACAGUGCUGGACUGCUACUCGAAAAUUCUGAAGACGGACAAAAUGUUUUCAAGAUCAAAAGAUUCUUAUUAAUUGGCACAGACAAGGCAAAUACUUCACUACUAAAGCCGAUUCAUUUUCCUUAACCUGUUGAAUAGCUAUGGAACUAGUUGUUAUUGUAAUUUUUGCAUGCGCUUUGAGUCACACCGGAGGAAAAAUUACAGUGACCGUUCAGCCAGAACAAAAAUUGGUUUUUGAAAAACAUCCUCUAGUAAUCUUCAAGUGUAAUGUUCAAUCAAAUAGCGAAGAUACUUCUAAAUUCACGACAAGAUGGUUUUUUCGAGGUUAUGGAAUUGAUAUUAAUGAAGAAACGGUCCUAGAAAAUGGCAGCAGAGUCGAUAAGUACAAAAUGAAAAUGUUGGAUGAUGAAGGCGUAUAUGAACUACGCAUCAGAAAUAUCAAUCGUCGAGAUGAAGGCAAUUAUGCAUGUCAAUUUGGGAAUAAAGUUAAGAAUAGCGGUAAACUUACAGUUGGAACUUUGAACGAUAAUCCUUAUAUAGAAUGUUAUAGCCCUAUGUCCACAUCAACGUGUGGAAAACUCAAUAUAUCUUGCACGGCUUCUAUUGGUAAAAAUAUUGCCACCAGCAUUAUAAUCAUGAAAUCUCAUAAAUAUAGUUCUACAUCUGCAGUCACUGUUUAUUCUGACGUUAAGAAGCAGUCCGAUGGCGCAGAAGAAGUGUUUGUAAGCCACGUAGUAAACGUCACAGGUUUAGAUAGAUGGCAAUUCUGGUGUGUGGCGAACCAUACCAUUCUGUCAAAUCCGGUCAACUGCUCUACUCCUACACUGAUGACGCCUAAAGUAAAAAUUAAUCAACGUGCCGACAACACGGUGUUCGAAUGUAAAGUGGAAGCUUAUCCCCCGAUUACAUCAUACCAAUGGAAACUCUGCCGUAACUCAAGAAAGGAACAAAAAACCGAAACGAAUGGUCAAGUAAAAGAGUGCGAGAUAUUGAACAGCACAAACAGUAAAUUGAAUUUGCCAGACAAUAACGGAUUGAACGAUGGGUUUGUGUUGAUAUGUGAGGUUGAAAAUGCUGUUGGAACAGGACAUGGUAACCUGACAAUUAUUCAUGAUAACGAAACUAAAAACAAAAUUGCAGGAGUUUUCAAUUUAGUAAAAUGGUGCAUUGGUGCUUUAGCUUUGCUAAUCAUUUUCCUUAUUAUGUUGAUUUAUUUUUGUUUGAAGCGAUCAACAUCUGCAUCUGGGAAUGAUGUCGUUGGUGACCAAUACACAGGUCUCCAAUUAGAUUCAAUCGAACAGGAGCACGAAUACCAAGAGAUUGGUAGGACGGUUACAUUACCAAAGAUUAACGAUGAAUCUCAAUAUAUUAAUACUCAGACUGUGAACGUUGAGAGCAGACAGUUAGAAAGGGAAAACGACAACAGUACGUACUUAAGUCCCAUGUAUGGAAAUAUUGGCUAAAAUAUUUUUUGCUAGUACUUUUAGCAGGAAAAAGGACAAAUAUGCAUGGCAACUGUUAAUUCCUCCUCAUUAUAUUUAGUAAAUAAUAAGUACCCUCAGUAUAUUCUACCUGUAUUUAGCUAAUCUUGAACUAUACGUUAAUAUAUUUUGAAUUACACGGUGCUUUAGGUGAGACGAUUUUUAUACAUUGUUAUAUCGAACCCGCCACCCGCCAAAUGAUUUCGAAUAAAAA